CAAAGUGUCACAGCGUGCAUAUAACCUCUUUUUUGAUGUUCUGAAUCGAAAUUGUGUACUUUAUUCACAUAAAAUGGAAGAUUUACAACUAAAUAUCACCACUACUAAAAAACCUGUUAAAAAUAAUGUUAAAGGUAGGCCAAUUCAAAAGAAUGUUGGUGAAUAUAAGUUUGUUUCUAAACCAAACUAUUCGGGGAAGAUAAUGGCGAGAAAACGUCCACAAAAUGCUAUUCCUAAAAAAUUUACCAAUCAAUAUAUGGACAAUUCUGCAUCAAAGUUUGAAAAACCAACUGAGAGCCCUGUUAAAAAAGGAAAUAAUCUGGAGACAAAUUUACGUGACCUCGCUGAAAACAAAGGAAAGUUUCAAGGGAAAAAUUACCAAGAAGUGACCGAUGAGAUGGUUAUAAAACAAAAACAAAGGAGCGGAGGCUGGAUAUCAUCACUAUUUAAAAAUAACCCAGACGUCCCUCGAAUUGGCCAGAGAGCAGUAAAGCCUGUUGUAGAAAAAGUGUUUGCUGGAACAACAUUUGCCGACUUAAAUAUUCAUCCCCAUAGCAUUGCAAAUCUGAAACAAAAUUUGAACUUGAGUGAGUUAAUGACAGUACAACAGAAAGCAAUACCUAUUAUUUUACAAGGAAGAGAUGUUUUAAUCAGGUCUCAAACAGGUUCGGGAAAAACUUUAGCAUAUGCAUUGCCAGUAAUUGAAGGUUUGCAAGCUAUAAGGCCUAAAAUAAAUAGACAUGAUGGUGUCAGAGCGGUAGUUGUUGUUCCCACUAGAGAACUUGCCGUGCAAACAUAUGAAUUAUUUGUUAAGCUUACUAAGCCAUUCAUAUGGAUUGUCCCUGGACUGCUCAGUGGGGGACAAAAGAGAAAAGCUGAAAAGGCCAGGUUAAGGAAAGGCCUGAAUAUAUUAGUAGGUACCCCAGGUCGAAUAAAUGAUCACUUAAGGCAUACGCAUUCUUUAAAUUUUGCUAAAACCGGAUGUUUAAUAUUAGACGAGGCAGAUAGAUUAUUAGAUAUGGGUUAUGAAAAAGAUGUGGCGGCAAUAGUUAAAGCUAUCGAAGACCAUAAAAAGAACGCUACAUAUGAUCCUAUGGCAUUAGUCAAACAGAGCAUUAUAAAAGGUCCACCAGAAAAAGACGAAAGCUUAAACGACGAUACAAAUAAGGAGGAAACUGUUUCAAAACAUCCUUUGACUGAUAUAUUUAUAUCUAAAGAGAGACAAACCAUUUUACUGUCGGCAACUUUAACUAAGGCCGUUGAAAACUUGGCUGGAAUAACAAUGAAAGAACCCGUUUUUGUCGACACUUCGGAUGGAAAAGCACUUGUAGCUGAUUCACUCAAACCAUCUAAUGAACAAAAAGAUACAAAAAUUAACGAGCAAAUUACGAAUGACAAAAAGAAUAAACCAGCCCCAGCCAUCAUUGAAGAAAGUAAAGAAAAUAAUAACGAAUCAGCUACGAAAAAGGAAGAUACGACAGUCAAAAGUAGAGGAGGUCUUAAAGCGUUUAACGGUGCCAAUCAUCCUGAUAUAUUUAAGAAAGAUGAAGUUAAGGGUGAAAGUAACGAAAAUCAAAGUAAAAUGAGCAAUGACAAAGAUGAUGACAGCGACAGUGACUCUGAUUACGAGUACUUUAAAGUACAAAAAGAAAUCAAUACUAAAAAUAAUGUUGAAGAAGCAAAAGAGGAAGAAGAUGAAAAGGAAGAAAUAGCAGAGCCACAGAUUAGUAUGUUUGAAAAUGCUCUAAAAACAGCUAUUGUUGAAGAUGAACUUGUUCUACCAGCGACUGUUAACCAAACCUUCCUAGUCGUGCCCAUGAAGUUGAGACUUGUCUCUUUAUGUUCUCUUAUCGUAGAACAUUGCAUACUAAAUAAAAAAGGCGGGAAAAUGAUUGUGUUCAUGGCGACAUUGGAGAUGGUUGACUAUUUUUCAGAACUAAUAGAAACUGUCCUUACUGGAAAAGACGUUAAAAAACGUAAACAAAAGAAACUUAAAAAUGAUAUCAAAGCUAAAAAGAGGAAAACGGAAGGUGACGAUGAGGAUGAAAAGGAGUCAUCAGACGAUUCAGGUUCUGAAUUCGAAAUUGACUACGAAGCUCCAUCCGAAGGAGGCCUCAUGCAGAUGGAUGUGGAUGUGUUCAGUUUGCACGGUUCUAUGCCGCAUGAGCAACGAAUGGAGGUCUUCAAGCAAUUCCGUACUGCGAGAAGAGGAGUGCUGUUUUGUACGGAUGUAGCAGCAAGAGGAAUAGAUGUCCCACGCGUGGAUCUUGUAUUACAAUACUGCGCCCCCGCCUCGGCUACGGACUACGUGCACAGGGUCGGACGUACAGGCCGAGCAGCUCAGGUUGGCGCUGCCGUUAUGUUCCUACUGCCGAGUGAAACUGAGUUUGUUAGGCAUUUGGAACAGAAAAGGAUCAGGUUGCGCCAAUCGGACGAGUCGAAGGUACUAGAAGCUUUACGGACGGUUGCGCCAAGCGCGGCGAGCAUACAACGCGCGGCCAUCGCGGUACAGGCGAAGCUGGAGCACACCGCACAUUCGUCUAAGGAUUGGCUGGCACGGGCUAGCAGAGCGUUCACAUCCUGGGUGCGUUUCUACUCGGGCUAUCCCCGCGAAGUAAGGCCCUAUCUUGACGCAAGGCACUUACAUCUAGGGCACGCGGCAAAAGCCUUCGCUCUACGCGAGACUCCGGCGGCCCUUGCGAAACGUGCGAGGUCUGAUCCUAAACUAAUGAGGGAAAAACCUAUGAACAGAUUGACUGUGAAGGAUGAGGAGCAGAAGAAGAGACCAGGAUUCCCUAAAAUGAAGCCGGGCGCUUUCGCGAACAGAAUAGCCAAUAAACAGAGUUCGAUGCACACAGCUAGCGAGUUUGACAGUGGUUUGCCGCCCGUCGAUACUUACACUAAGAAGAGGAAAAAUAAGUAAUGUGUAUGGAUUAGUAGAAUAAACUUUCUAAUGUACAAUGUGGAUUGUAAAUAUACGUUUUUAUAAAUAUAUUUCUUUCAUUGCUA